GCUGGACUCGGGCGGGCUCCGCUCUAGGAACUCUUUCCCGACGGCGUGCUUGCGGGGUCCCGGUUGCCACUAGGAGUUGUAACUGGUGUCUGUCUCUUUUGGCAGGAUUAAAGGUUGGGUACCACCUGGUUUGCCUACAGCUCUAAGUAUCAUGGGGCUGUAGGCUAGGCCAGGGAAGCUGAGCUCCAGAGCCUUAGCUGUUGCGCUCUUAUUUAUGCAUCCUCCAAACCAAUUUUAAGAGGAAAUUGUCACAGAUCCGGGGGCUUCUCCUUGGAGAGAUCCGGCGGAGACACAGAGCCAGAGAGCGACUGGCCAGCUGGCAGCCAUGAAUGAAUGGAUGAAGAAAGGCCCUUUAGAAUGGCAAGAUUACACUUACAAAGAAGUCAGAGUGACAGCCAGUGAGAAGGAGUAUAAAGGAUGGGUUUUAACCACAGACCCAGUUUCUGCCAAUAUUGUCCUCGUGAACUUCCUUGAAGAUGGCAGCAUGUCUGUGACCGGAAUUAUGGGACAUGCUGUGCAGGCUGUUGAAACUAUGAAUGAAGGAGGCCACAGAGUGAGAGAGAAGCUGAUGCACUUGUUCACGUCUGGGGACUGCGAGGCGUACAGCCCUGAGGAUCUGGAAAAGAGAAAGAACAGCCUAAAGAAAUGGCUCGAGAAGAACCACAUCCCCAUCACUGAACAGGGAGAUUCACAAAGAACUCUGUGUGUGGCUGGGGUCCUGACUAUAGACCCACCCUAUGGUCCAGAAAAUUGCAGCAGUUCUAAUGAGAUCAUUCUGUCUCGUGUUCAGGAUCUUAUUCAAGGACAUCUUGCAGCUUCCCAGUGAGAGGCCGAGAACUGUGGAUGCACUGACUGAAAUAAGACUUCAUUUUUUUUCUUUCAUAAAAUGUUUUGAAUGUUAAGUUCAUCAUAUUAUAGGAUUUUUAAAGGCA